AAGUUUUCAUGGAUAAAGACUUGGAUAAAGCUAUUCAAAACAUGUCUCUUGAAGAUAAUCAACCUCUGAUUCUCUCAAAUCUUCCGCAGUUUUCCUCUAUUGAACGCAAUAGCUGUAGUAUUCUGGGAAGAUUCUUAAAUCCAGAAAAUCAACGGAUGUCUAACUGGAUUUUAGACAUGCCUCGUAUUUGGCGUUUAUCUAAUCGUGUUAGAGGUGUGGCUCUUUCGAAAGAGCGGUUUCAAUUUUUCUUUAAAUAUGAGGAAGACUUAGAAGAAAUCUUGAAGACUGGAGUGUGGACACAAGAUGAUUGGGCAGUUGUUAUGCAAAAAUGGAUAGAGAAACCACCUGAUGACUAUCUGAGGUUUCUCCCAAUUUGGGUUAGAAUCAGAAAUAUUCCCGUUAACUAUUAUACUGAAGACACGAUUAAGGAGAUUGCGGGAUGUUUAGGGAAAGUGAUGCAGGUUGUCAUGGAUCCUGAAAAAUCACAGGUUCAAGAUUAUGUUCGAGUUCAGUUCUAUUUUCUGUAG